UUAAAUGCAUACAGUUCUUAAAAUUGAAAGUAAUAUUUUGUAAAUAUAGAUCAGUACAAAAAUCUACGGUUCCAUUUGUUGUACCAAAAAUGAACAAAGAUUACUGCAUAGUCAAUGAUUUAUCAAUAUUGAAAAGUAUGAAUCCUUCUGUCCGAACGAAAUGUUUCUUCGAAAUAAAAGUUCGAAGGGAAAAACAAACAUUGGGAUGUAUCCAAUUUGAACUGUACGAUGACAUUGUACCGAAAACGUGUGAAAACUUUGCAGCGCUAUGUAGUGGAAAAAUUAAUGGUUUAUCAUACAAAAAUACACCAUUUCAUCGAAUUGUUUCGGGUUAUUGGUGCCAAGGUGGAGAUGUUACAAAAUUCAAUGGUAGUGGAGGAGCAUGUAUAUAUGGUGAUUCAUUCGAAAAUGAGAAUUACAAUUUACGUCAUGCUGGACCUGGAAUUUUAUCAAUGUGCAGCGAUGACGAAAACAGAAGCAAUUCCAAAUUUAAUCUUACCUUUAAACGUUUGGAAACGGUAGAUUCGAAACAUGUAGUUUUUGGAAAAGUUGUAUCCGGUAUUUCAAAUAUUUACAAGAUUGAAGAGUUUGGUACAAAAACGGGAAAACCGAUUAAAACAAUAAUUAUAUCUAAUUGUGGUGUUGUAUCGAAGGAAUGAGAACAUUUAUAACAGACAGCAAAAAUGAUAUAACCUUGCCAAUUUAGUAAGGUAACAUUUAUUCGAAUUAUUACAAUUAAUAAUAACAUGGUAUUCGAUUGUACGAGGCUAUAUAUAAAUACAGUAAUUCUAUUUUGUUUUUAUAAUUAUUGUAUGUUACAUAAUUUCCAAACAUGCAAUCUAUAAAAACUUAAAGAUGAAAAUUGUCUUAAAAGUCCAAAGUAAGAUCUAGAUUAAUAUUGUACUUAAAAAAUAUUAUAAUUGUAACAAUAUGAUCUCAAUGAUUAAAAGCUCUAAUUGUAAAAAAUAUUUUUAAAAUAAUAUUUUAUUCUUCAAAUAUUAUUUAUGUGAAUAAAUAUAAAUCAACAGUUUUCAGUUUCUUACUUUACAGAAUUCUGAUGUAAAAGUUUGUAGAAAUUAUUAUGUACACUUCUUAUUACAUUUCAUUUCUAAUAUGUAGUGGAUAAACUUCGCUCUUGUAUUUAAUUGACCUUUUCACAGUAAUAAGGCACUUUGUAAUAAAUUUAAUGGACAUAAGAAAAUUGUAUAGAAAUAU